AUGACCUCCUCCACUGAUGAUUCUGGUGACAUCUCUGCAGAGUUGUUAUGCCAAUCCACUACACCUACAAGCUCUGCAACUCAGACCAAAAGCGUGCCUGUGCUGUCUCAAUCUGGUUCUACAAGUGCUCCUGACAUCCACACUUCCUGUCCAACUCAAGCCUCUAGAUCUGCCACAGGCAAGAAGAACUUGACAUGGUCAGGUGCCAAUGUUCUUCACCUUGUCACUAUCCUCUACAACAAUGACUCCUACCAGCACACUCUGCUGCCAUCUCGAGAAUCGGCUGAGAGCAAUCCAGCCCUCAAACUUUGCAAACAUCCCAUUUUUCAGGAUAUCUCCAAGAUGAUUUUCCCAGGCACAUCUGUCGAUCCCAAUCGCAUCAAGUCCAAGCUGAGGUGGCUGCUAGAGACAUACUACAGGGAGAAGAAGAAGCUUUCACCCACUGGAGCUGGUACACUGCUGGAGGACAUGGAUGCAUCCAACCCAUCCUAUGUAUCUCGCAUUGCCCUGUCAACAAAGUAUGCUUGGUUUGAAAGGAUGCAUGAGAUGAUGAAUGGCCAAUUCAAUGCUGAUCCUGAAGCACUUAUCACAACUCCCAGUCUUGACUUCACCAGCAAUGACGAGCCUGACAUGCCUUUGAAUGGCUCAGCUGACAUACCCAUGGAUAUUUGUGGCAGUGAGCUGUACGAUCACAGCACUCACAGCUGUGGUUUGCCUCCUAUUCUCGACUUGAUCAAACCCACCAACCCCCCGGCUGCUGUUGCAUCUGUCAUGGGCCUGGAUGCUCAAGAAGCAGGAGGGUCACUGGUUCAUAUGGAAGGAGCACAGGUAUCAAAGAUCUAG